AUGGCCAUGGAGGCUUAUAAUGACGGCGUGGGCCCUGCCGGGGGUGCUGCCGCCGUUACAGCGGUUACCACUGCUCACGGCGCCGGACCCGCGGGACACGCGGGACACGCUGGGGGGAAUGUUUCUGCCGGGCACGCGCAACCGGCGGGGAUGCACGGGAACGCGCAGCAGCAGCUGCCGGUGACGCAGCAAGAGCAGCAGAGGCAGCACAACGGGCAACAGCAAGGGCAGCAACAGCAGUACUACCAGCAACAACAGCAGCAGCAGCAGCAGCAGCAGCAGCAGCAGCAGCAGACGCAGACGCAGACGCAGCAGCAGCAGCAGCAGCAGCAGCAGCCUUCCGCUAAAGCCCUUCUCGCUCCUUUUACGUCCCCCCCGCCCUCACACGCCCCCCGGUAUGCUCCACCGUCCGCUCCCCCAACAGCAGCGAUUUCCCCGCCGCAAUUCCCCGCAUCAAGCGUUCCGCAGCAGGAGCCGGCUCCACCGCAGCAGCAGCAGCAGACGUGGCCGGCCGCGUCUCCCCCACCGCAAACGGCGCCAGUUCCCUUGAAGGGCCCACAGGCGCGGGUCCCCGCCAAACCAGGGCGGCGCAGGCAAGUAAAAGGGGCCGCUACAAACGGGGAAGGAGACGCGGAGAUGGGACCAGGGGCGGGAGCGGGAGCUGCUGGGGGGAAGAGCGCGCAGGGGCAGGGCGGAAAGAGGGGGAAGAAGGCGCAGACUAUCGGGGGAAAUGCAGCGGGGGGAGGGGCGGGCGGCGGUUCAGUGGCCGCAGUUGUUGCAGGAACAGGUGGUUUGACCAAUGGAGGGGAGGCAUCUGUGGCUCCUGUUUCACAUGGUGACGUGGCAACAAAAGUUGCAGCUCAGGUUUCCGCGGAUCAGGUGAUUGCAACAGACACAGUAUCGGUCCAGCUUAUACCAAGCGCAGGAGCAGGGCAGCAGCAGCGGGUGGCCGAUACCCCCACGCUGCCUACUUCUGCUCCUGCUUCUGCUCUUCCCCCCUCCGCCCAUCUUUCGUCUCCUUCCGCCCCUCCUGUUACCGCUCUGCCUGUGGCGUCCCCACCGUCUGCUUCGGCUGGUGCUGGUCCAACCACUGUUUCAAGCACUGUAUCAGCCACCCCUUUAAAUGCAGCCCCUGCUGCUGUCUCCACCACUCCUCCCAUGUCUCUUACCGCUUCGGACCGGGCAACUGGCGCCAUAUCCGGGCUUGCCGCUAUAGGGGUGAUGAAAGCAGGCGCAAGUGCAAGUGGGAUGGUGGGGAACGGGGUGGGAAGAGGUGGGGCAGGAGCAGCUGUAGCGGCUGUAGCAGCCGGGGCUGCGUGUGUGGCAGCGAUGCCUGUGCCGUCCAGCCCACGGAAAGUUUUCAGGGUGCCCGGAAUCAGUGGAGGGGAAGAUUCUUUUGGUGCUUUACCUGGUAGCGCCGCCGCAGCCGCCGCCGCUGCUGUUGCUGGUACUGCUGGUGCUGCUGGUGCUGGUGAUGUGAUGAGUGAGGGAGCGGAAAGAGGGGGGAAAGUAGGGGGACUAGCAGUGUACACUGCAGUUAUGAGCAGUCCAAGCUCAUCUGAAGCCCCUUUCACCACCAUGCUUGAGAGCCCAGUUGGGCACGGGGGCAGAGGGCUGGGGCUGGGGUUUGGAAUUGACGGUACGAGUCCGAAGAAAUGGCGCGGAAGAGUGGGGAUGGAGGGACGGCAGGAGACAAGUGGUGAAGUUAUGCAACGGGAACGGAUGCAAGGCGAUGUGACAACGAAGGGAGUGGGCGUGGAACUUGAAGGUGGAGUGAGUCCGCAUGAGAGGAAAAAUGGGAGUGAUUUGGGGGGGGGUAUGGCUGGUAGCAAAGGGGGUGGAAGAGGGGGCAGCCCCUUGGGAAGGCUAAAAAGUGGAGGGAAUCUGGGGAUGAGUGAGGUUCUGAAGGGAGGUGAAGGGAAGGAAGAUGAGAGAGUGGGAGAGGAGGGGUGUGAGGGUGAUGGUGAGGGGGAUGAGGAGGAGGAACAUGAGGAGGAUGGAGACGGGGAGCAAGAGAGUGGGGAAAACGGCAGCAUGAGUACAGGAUUAGGGGGGGUUUCAGGGGAAGAAGCAUCAGGAGAUGGCGAGGGGCUGGCAGGAGGGUCGGGGGAAGCAUCGGGGGAAGCGUCAGGGGAAGCAUCAGAGGAAGCGGGACCGGGCGGCGAGGAUUUCGACCAAUGGUUCCAUUCACUGGUGCUAGACGAAGAAGAUGUGAUGGCGAUUGUGGGAGACUAUAUCGCAAAUGAUGAUGACCUUCCGGCUCGCAUCGCUGACUGCAUCAACUCUGCGAGCAUGCGAGGGAGAGGGGAGGAGGAAAAUAUCAGCCUACCAAGUGGAGAGUUAGUGGAGGACAUUCUAGCGAGUAUAGAGGCCAACCCCCAGCUGGGGCCAAUGCUGGGGCUCAUGCCACCCAACGCACGCGGCGAUCCGUCACCACGGCCUCCACUAUGUCUCAAUGGUCUCAAGAGGCCGUCCGUGCACCCGUCGGCGGUGCGAUCGGCUCGGGUCCACGAGCGGCAGCCGCAGCCGCAGCAGCAGGAGACACGAUUGUACCGCCUAUCUCGAACCAGUCAUCGCAGAGCAACAUGCUGCGCAACUGAGGGAAACGGCGGCGAGCCCGGAAUCGGCGGAGGCUCCAGCAGCUGCGGAAGCACAGGCCGCCGCAGCAGCAGCUUCAGGCGCAACAGCAGCUCCGCCGGCGGUAGCAGCGGCGGCGGCGGCGGCCGCCGGAGUUUGGACGGCGCCGCCGCGGCGCCACCGGCUCCUUGGGCGGCAAAUUCUCAGCUUCUCCAAGGCGGGAUCGUGCAGAGCACGCGUCAUCACCACCUCGUGCCGGCGAUCGCGCCGUUUAACGGCUUCAGCCGCGGGCGGAAGCGGUCGCGCCGCUGGCUAGUCCGCGCCGCUGCAGGCCUUCGCUCGCCUAGUAACGUCACGCUCGCCGUCGCGCUGACGCGGUUCGUUUCGAGCAUGGACUCGGGAUGCUCUGCCGCCAGCAACUCGAUCUGCGGCGGCGGCGGCGGCAGCGGCCACGGCGGCGCGCCCACGGACGGAUUCAAGCUCUGCGAGAAGGCCGCCGGCGAAGCUGGCGCGGGGGAAGAUUGGCGGGAGGAGCGCGGAAGCGCAAGCGCAGGGGCCGCCGUGAGCAGCGGAGCAAGCGGGAGGAAGAGCAGGCGGAGGAGAAGCGGCGCGUUUAGCCGGGCGCGGCGCAGCGUGGUCGCUGCCGCCGGUGCACGAGGAGGCGCGUUUGUUCUUGACCCCAAGUCGGAACAGGCGCAUUUGGAGGGGUGGAUGAAGAAGGAGAAGGAGAAAGAGAAGGAGAAGGGGAAAGGGCGCGAGACGGAAAGGGAGAACGAGAAGGAGAAUGAUAACGAGGCGAAGGCGAAGGAGAGUGGAUCGGGCAGCGAGGAGAAUUCUUCGCUAGAGAAGCGCUUCGGGGAGUUGCUGUUCUGGAGAAGCGCGCCAAGCGCGCAGCGAGGGGCGACAGAUCGUGUACCUUACGGGGAGCGCGCGUCGAGCAGAGUCAUCUGGACCGUGCAUGCUCCCCCGCCAGCUGACGCAGCAGCGCCCUCCUCUUCGCCCCCCUCCUCGUCGUCCCACUUGCAUGCGGAAACGCUGCAGCAAGGCAGCAUGGGGAACACCGAGAGCAGCACGGGCAGCGCGCUGUUCAUCGAGUGGAAGGCGCGCUUUAAGGCGCUGCACCGGAGCAUGCGCGCGGAGAUGGGCGCGGAGCGCAUCCCAGAGUUCCCCGCGCCGUUCCCCCUGGACGUGUCUGCGCUGCUGCUGCGCGCUCGGCCUGCCCACCGUUCAGCAGAAGCUGCACGGGGGUUAGGGCCGGGCUUGGAGGAGACGCAGCGGACACAAGGGGCGGUGGUGGACGGGAAGAGCGGCAGUAGCAACAGCAGCAGGAGUGGCAGCAUCGGCACCAGCAGUGACAGCAUCCGGGGAGCAGUCUCGGCUGAGUCUGCAGCUGUGUCGGUCCCUGGAGCAGCAGCAGGAGCAGGAGGAGCAGGAGCAGGAGCGGCGGUGAUGGGGGGGGUGGUGCUGCUGAACGUGUUAGCAGCGCUGUACGGGACGUGCAGUGUGGCGUCUAAGAUGGCGGACAGCCAGGCACAGGACAUGCCCGCGUCUCUCACUGCUGCUGUGCGCUUCAUUGCUGCUGCGGUGGCGUUUGCUCCCAUCCUUGCCUCUACUCAACUGGGGAACAAAGAGGCGAAGCAGAAGGAGAGCCAGGCGGGAGAGGAGGAGAAAGAGGCAGGCGAGGAGGGAUGGUGGAAAGACGGGUUGAUCUGGGGAGGGGCGGAACUGGCCGGGUGGAGUUUCCUCAGCUCUGUGCUGCUGGCACACGCGAGCUCGGACAGCAGCAGUGCCAGUGCUGUCAUGCUCUACAGCUUCUCGAUCCUCUUUCUGCCGCUCAUGCAUCUCUGCACCGGCCGCUCCCUCCCGCGCUCCGCUCUCCUCGCCGUGCUCGCUGCUCUCGUCGCCAUGGGUGUUCUCAACGAGCAGACCCUUGCAUCCGCCGCUUCUCCCUUUCCAGCCCUCCCCGCCUCCGCCGCCUCCUCCUCCGUCUCGUCCUCCCUCUCUUCUGUCUCCUCAGCAGUCGCCGGGGGGCUUAUCCCCUUCCCAUCCCUCCCCGCGCUCCCCUCGCUCCCCUCCAUCGACGGUCGCUGGCGCUGCUGGGAGUGGCUUGGGAGGCAGUGCACGUGGCUUCAGGAGGAGGAGGAGGAGGAGGAGGAGGAGGAGGAGGAGGAGGAGGAGGAGGAGGAGGAGGAGGAGGAGGAGGAGGAGGAGGAGGAGGAGGAGGAGGAGGAGGAGGAGGAGGAGGAGGAGGAGGAGGAGGAGGAGGAGGAGGAGGAGGAGGAGGAGGAGGAGGAGGAGGAGGAGGAGGAGGAGGAGGAGGAGGAGGAGGAGGAGGAGGAGGAGGAGGAGGAGGAGGAGGAGGAGGAGGAGGAGGAGGAGGAGGAGGAGGAGGAGGAGGAGGAGGAGGAGGAGGAGGAGGAGGAGGAGGAGGAGGUCCCUGCGUCUGUUGCCAUGCUGGUCUACACGACUAUUCCACUCUGGGGGGCGCUUUUUUCUUUCGCUGCCCGUGGCGAGGUUCCCGGGUUUUCUACUGCCCUGGGAGGGGGCAUGAUUGUGCUGGUGAGUCUGGUGGCUCGGGGCAUGCUGGUGGAAGGGGAGAGAGGGAGGGGUGAGGAGAGGAGUGAGGGAGUGGGAGGCGGUGGUGUGGUGGAAGGAACAGAGGAGGAGGGAACGCGAAAGCUGGAAGAAGGAGAGGGAGAGAAAGGAGAGAAAGGAGAGAAAGGAGAGAAAGGAGAGAAAGGAGAGAAAGGAGAGAGGGGAGAGAAGGAGGUUGGCGGGAAGGCAGUGGGGUUGAAAUGGAAGAAGGCGUGGGAUUCGAUUCUGUCCCGGAGUAGAGGUGCCUCCGAGAUGGCUAGGGAGGACGAACAGGAGGAGGAGGAGGCCGAGGAGUGGGAGGAAGCGGAAGAUGCAGAAGAGGAGGAGGAGGAGGAGGGGAAAGUUGAAGCGGAGGGUGGGGAGGAGGAGGAGGAGGGAGAGAAGGGAGGGGAGAAGAGCGAGCAGCUGUUGGCGGCGCUACUGACAUCCCAGCUCAAGUUCCCUUUCUACGCAGCCCAAGCGAAACACGUGCUGCUGAAACUCAAAGCCAAGCUGGGAGCCACCAAGACUCUUGCUCUCGCGCUCCCCUCGCUUCCCACCCUCCCCCCCUUCCCCUCUCUCCCUUCCUUUUCCCACUUCUUCUCCUCCUCUGCCUCCUCCGUCCCUCCUGCCUCUUCGGCCUUGUCUGCUGCUGCCUCCUUUCCGUCACUUGCAACGCUGCCAUCCCCAGGGGCCUCUACUGCUGCUGCUGCUUCUGCUGCUGCCGGAGGUGCCGGUUGGAAGGGGAUCGCUGCUAAGCCCAUGAACACACCAGAACUGCACGUCAACGCAGCUGCCACCGCAGCCACUUCAGCCCCUCCCCCUGCCACCACCACCACCGCCUCCCCUGCCACAGUCCCUGUCCCGGAUGCCACUGUAUCGGCCAGUUUCUCUGCUCCUCCCACUCCUGCUGCUCCUGCUCCUCCUGCUGCUGCUGCUACUGCCCCUGCUGUGUCCGCGGGCUCUCCUCCCCCUCCCCUUGCGCCUCUGGGUGCUCCGUCGUCGGCAACGAUCGCUGCAGCGGACGGAGUUACUCCCACCAUUCCCACCACUCCUGCUCCCGCUCCUCCUGUCACUCCGGUCACUGCUCCCGCCACUCCGCCUGCUCUCACCACUUCCCCGGUGCUCGUGCCUGGGUCGAUGCAAGCAGGAGAAGCGGCAGGUGCGAGUGCAGGGAUGCAGAGCGGUGUGACAGCAGCAGCAGCGGCAGCAGCAGCAUCCCCAGCCACCACUACCAGCUCUACCACCUCCACCACCACCACCGCCGCCGCUGCCACCAGCACCCCUGCUGCUGCUGCUACUGCUACCCCUGCCGCUACCUCUGCACCGGCUGAUACCACUGCGCAUUCCCUGCUCUCUUCCCCCGUGGACCCACUCUCUCACACGGCCAUUUCUGUAUCCAAGCUUGCUGCUCACGCUCCCCUUGUUCCUCCCCAUUCGGCUGGUGCUGAUGCUCUAACAGUGAAGCUCCAUGCCUCGUCUGCCUUAGUCUCUGCUGCCUCUGCUGCUGCUUCCUCUGCUGCGUCCCCUGCUGCAUCGACUUCUGUAGCUGCUGCUUCUGCUGCCUCUGCCGCUUCUGCUGCUUCUGCUGCUUCUGCUGCUGCAACAGUGGCAGCAGCAGGAGCAGGAGCAGGGGGAGGAGUGGGAGGAGGAGGCGGGGGAAUUGGAGACAUUGCCUCUGUUGCAGCUGUUGCAGCAGCAGGUGUGAUAGCUGAAUGCCUUCAAAGCAAUUCUUUUGAGGCGCCUCAAAAGUCGCACGCACAUGCACACAUGUAG